UUGUCAUUCACUCUUGCUGCUUCCGGCGUGUGCGAGCGAGCAGGCGGGAAAAGUUGCGGGAGAUGGAGGCGAGGCGGGAGAUCAGCAAGCGGAUGCGCGCCGCCGCCACGAGCAACGAUGACGACACGGCGAGCCAGGGGAGCGCGGGAGGGGGAGCGGCGGCGUCCUCCGCGGUCGCCUUGAGCAUGGCCGCGACGGAGGCGGACGGGGAGGAGAUGGCCAUGGUGGCGGCGUCGGAGGCUGAGGUGGUGGGUUCGGCGGAGACGGAAGAGAACGUCCAGCGCAUCCUCCUCGCCAUCGACAACUUCACCCGCAAGGUGUCGGAGAUGCUGGAGUCCGGGCGCGCCAUGUUCAAGGACCUCGCCGCCGACUUUGAGGACCGCCUCUGCACGAUUCACAAGGAGAGGGUGGAGAAGUGGGAGGAGGAGAUCAGGGAGCUGCGCGCCCGCGACGCCGCCAACGAGCAGACCCGCGCCAUCCUCCACAACGCCCAGCUCCAGCUCUUCCACAUCCGCCAGUAGUGCAGCUGCUUCCCUCUCAUCUCAUCUUAUCUGCUUCACCUAGCCGUUCCACAACAUCUUCAGUUCA